AUGCUGCAGUUUAGAAAAUCCUUGGCUUCUAUCACAACGUCGCUGCGGACUCACAAUGUCGCUGUGGGCUCAAGAGGAUACAGAUGGGGAUAUCUGGCUAAACUCUUGGUUCAGCAUCAAGAUGUUACCCAUCAGAUCACAUCAAUAGAAGAUGGAACCCGCAAUCUGCAGACCUGGGGUAUCCCGAUGCCAAAACCGCAGAGACAAGACCGUCCCAAAGUUCCAAGGCUGACACAAAAAUUGACUCAUACAUAG